AUGACUGACCAUCACGAAGAAGAUGAGCUUGCACCCACACAAACUACAGGUUAUAAGCCAGGUGAAAAAAAGACCCUUGAAGAAUACCAGAGUUUGGACGCUCAAGAUGAGAGUUUGAAGAAGUGGAAGGAAUCUCUUGGUUUGAAUAACGCUACAAAUGGUCCCUCUGAUGAUCAUCGUCGAGUUAUCGUCGAACAUAUUGCUCUUGAAGUCGAAGGUCGUCCUGAUGUUAUUGUCGAUUUAUCUACUCCCCAGGCUGUUGAAGCAGCCAAGUCUGCACCUUUUACUAUCAAGGAAGGUGUCGAAUACCGCAUGAAGGUCAAAUUCAGAGUUCAACAUGAUGUCGUAUCCGGUUUGAAAUACUUGCAGGUUGUGAAGAGAAAGGGUAUCCGAGUUGACAAGACUGAAGAAAUGAUCGGAAGCUAUGGUCCUUCAGCCAAUUCAUACGAAAAGAAAUUCCAACUUGAAGAAGCUCCUUCAGGUCUUCUUGCCAGAGGCCAUUAUGAAGCAAAGAGCAAAUUCAUCGAUGAUGAUAAUGUUACACAUAUGGAAUGGACUUGGUUCUUUGAUAUCAAGAAGGAUUGGUAA